UUUCUGACACUCACUACCUUAAGAAACUUCCCCACGCCAUGUCUGGACACUUCUACCAUGUCCACGGUUCAGAACCUGGUCAUUGUAACUAUGAAAUAGAGCAAGUGAGCAUGCUUCAAAGUAACAAAAGUGUUUAUUCUAUAGAAGAAAAUCUUAGUUUCUUACCACUCUGUAGUCAGUAUAGACUUGUGGAUUGCUGCCAUGGCUUGCUUCUUUGUGACUCGUUCAAAGGCAAUCCAUUUACUUCUUAUAUCUGCAACCCUGCAACAAAAGGAUGGACUGAGUUCCCUAUGCCAGACUAUCAUCUCAUUCUCCUUGCCUUAUGUUUUGAUCCAAGCAUCUCCCUCCAUUAUACUGUUCUUGGCUUCAAAGUGGAGAGUUCUCGCGACAUGAUUGAUGAGAAUUUUAUAAAUGAAAUCCCCACAUUGUUCUCAUCAGAGAAUCCAAAGUGGGUAGAGAUAAAUGUUCCAUGGUGGUGUGAAAUGAAUUCAAACAUCCAGCAGCAUGUUCCCUUAAAUGGAAGUAUUCAUUUCUUAGGAUAUACAGAGCCCGUUGUUCUAGCAACUGAUCUUGAGAGGGAAAUUUAUCGGAAGAUUGAGCUUGCUGGUUCCAAGCAGGAAGUAGUCUGUUGGAAUGCAUGUCUUAGGCAUUCCCAGGGUUACUUGCAUUAAGUGCAGAAAUGAGAGAAGAGAACCAAAUUGUUGUAUGGGUUUUGCAUGACUAUGAUAAAAACGGAUGGAACUUGAAGCAUACCAUUCAUCUUAAAGCUUUCAUUGAGAACUAGGAAGUUAUUGAUGCUCUAUCAUCAUCAAAUACUUCAGCUA